GAUUCUGGGGAGCAAAAUUCAACAACUUUAGUUUUUGGACCAAGCACGGAAUUGCUGGACCCCUUUCAAACAUCGACUCCCUCGCCAUUAUCCUCGAACCAGGUCAACAUAUCCAACAAAUAUUGUAUCUCCUUUUUAUGGCCCGGGUUGAUGCCCGAACCAUCAACCAGAGCCAAUCAUGAGGGCAUUGGUCACUGGCUUUCCAUUUCUGCCCAUCACUCCGCACUUCACAGUGCCAUGUUGUUUGGCUCUUAUUCUCACCGGAGAGUGCGAUGGCUAGUAACGGGUCACGGCCAAUUUGGUGCCGACAAUAUUCGUUAUAUGAGAAUCUGCGAAGCUGACACGAUUUCAAAGAUUAACAGAGCAAUUCAGGAUCCUUUAACAGCUGUGUCAGAUGCUAUAAUCUUGUCGGUUUUAUGCCUUGCGGCCAAUUACCACGAGGAUAGAGUAUCACAGCUGGGUAAACUCUCUCCGUUCCAGGCUCCACUGCGGAGUCUGCAGUGGCUUGAUAUCUACGGACGUUUAUCGACCAAUGCUAUCCAUCAAGCAGGAUUGAUCCAGCUUAUUCAACUGAAGGGUGGCCUGGAAAAGAUAGAGCUCCCCGCCCUAGCGGCCGUUAUUUCAUUUUUCGGCAUAAUCAAUGCGAGCAAGACAUUAUCCCGGCCUUACUUCCCUUUUUCUUCACUUCAGGACGGACGUGAGCUAACACUGCACCAUGUGCUCUAUACUCCAAUACCAACUUGGAGCUAUCAGCAGGGUUCACUUCUGCAGAUUCCCAUGACAAAUGAGAUGCUCGAUGUCUUUCAUGGCUUGCGAAAAUAUGUCUCGCUAGUCCAGGCCUUUCAGGAUGGGGUCCAACCAGGCGUGGAUCGCGGCACACUUUGUGACUUCCGCAACCUUUUACAAUGGCACAUCAUGUCUCUUCUCCCUGCAAGCCAGCUUGGACACGUUAUCAUUCCAUUCUACCCGAUGUAUGAAUCGUGCCGCCUCGCCCUGAUAAUAUUUGGAGUCGGAAUCACAUUUCCUCUGCCGCCGGAGACAGCACCUUUGGAAAAGCUCUCGAAGAUGCUACAGAUCGAGCUAGAGUCAUGCGAUUACAGUUCCCUAUCAGGUACUCCAGGCGCCACAGAGAUUCGCUGCUGGUGCCUUGUCCUAGGCGGCAUUGCCUCUACAGAGACGAACUCAAGAAAAUGGUUUGUGCAGCAGCUGAGAAGGAUUGCUACAGCUCAAGGACUAUCAACCUGGGAUGAGGUCAAGGUGGUAUUAGAAUCGACAGUAUGGGUUGAAAGAGCGUGUGACAUGGCGGGAAGCUUUCUGUGGGAUGAGGUUAUGAUUUUACCGAACAGCGAAGACUCAGCAUGACUUGAGAACUAUGCCAUUCCGGAUUGAUGGUAGUAAUAAUUUUUGGGAUAUUGGGAUUUAUAAGACACGUGUGUGUAUUAUAUAUCCGCGAGAAGGGGUUCGCAAUGUAUUACUCAAGACUUUGGAAACGGAGAUGCUCUGAUUCUUGUAAUGAAGUGCCAAAGAACAAGCAACAUGGGCAGUGGCUUGUGAAGCUUAUAUACAUAUAAAGAUGCCUUGGCUGGAAACUUUUAAAAUAGC